AUGACUGUAAAAAAAACACCUCAUGGUUCUUGUGCAUCAGUGAGGCUCCAGAGCAGUGGAAAGAGUUCUGUGUUGGAAAGUCUUGUGGGGAGGGAUCUGCUCCCACGAGGUACUGGAGUUGUCACCCGGAGACCCCUUAUUCUGCAGCUGGUGCAUGUGUCCCCAGAGGAUGGUCGGAAAACAUCUGGAGAUGAAAAUGACCCUGCUACAUGGAAAAAUCCAAGACACCUUUCUAAAGAGAUAGAUGCUGAAGAGUGGGGUAAAUUUCUUCACACCAAAAAUAAGAUCUAUACAGACUUUGAUGAAAUUCGUCAGGAAAUUGAAAACGAAACAGAGAGGAUUUCAGGAAAUAAUAAGGGGAUCAGUCCUGAACCUAUUCAUCUUAAGAUUUUUUCAUCUAAUGUUGUAAAUCUGACUCUUGUGGAUUUACCUGGAAUGACAAAGGUGCCUGUUGGUGAUCAGCCUAAGGACAUUGAACUUCAAAUAAGGGAGCUAAUCCUUCAAUUCAUCAGCAACCCAAAUUCAAUUAUUCUGGCAGUCACAGCUGCUAACACAGACAUGGCCACUUCAGAAGCACUUAAAAUUGCACGGGAGGUGGAUCCAGAUGGUCGAAGAACCCUUGCUGUUAUCACAAAGCUGGAUCUCAUGGAUGCUGGCACUGAUGCUAUGGAUGUGCUCAUGGGAAGAGUGAUUCCAGUCAAACUUGGCAUCAUUGGAGUAGUGAACAGGAGUCAGUUGGAUAUUAACAAUAAGAAGAGUGUAGCUGAUUCCAUUCGUGAUGAGUAUGGCUUUCUUCAAAAGAAAUAUCCUUCCCUAGCCAAUCGAAACGGAACCAAGUACCUUGCUAGAACACUGAACAGACUACUGAUGCAUCAUAUCAGGGAUUGCUUGCCAGAACUGAAAACCAGAAUCAAUGUUUUAGCUGCUCAGUACCAGUCUCUACUAAACAGCUAUGGGGAACCUGUUGAGGACAAAAGUGCCACUUUAUUGCAGCUUAUUACCAAAUUUGCCACAGAAUAUUGUAACACUAUUGAAGGAACAGCAAAAUACAUAGAGACUUCGGAGCUCUGCGGUGGAGCCAGAAUCUGUUACAUUUUUCAUGAGACCUUUGGAAGAACUUUAGAAUCUGUUGACCCACUGGGUGGCCUUAACACAAUUGAUAUUCUGACUGCCAUUAGAAAUGCGACUGGUCCCCGUCCUGCCUUGUUUGUUCCUGAAGUUUCAUUUGAAUUGCUGGUAAAAAGGCAAAUCAAACGUUUAGAAGAACCUAGCCUGCGCUGUGUGGAGCUGGUUCAUGAAGAAAUGCAGAGGAUUAUCCAGCACUGUAGUAAUUACAGUACACAGGAAUUAUUGAGGUUUCCUAAAUUGCACGAUGCCAUAGUUGAAGUAGUAACCUGUCUUCUGCGUAGAAGGCUUCCUGUCACAAAUGAAAUGGUUCAUAAUCUAGUGGCCAUUGAGUUAGCUUAUAUCAAUACCAAACAUCCAGACUUUGCUGAUGCCUGUGGUUUAAUGAAUAACAACAUAGAGGAACAAAGGCGUAACAGGUUAGCCCGGGAAUUGCCUUCUGCUGUGCCACGAGACAAGUCUACUAAAGCUCCAGGUGCAUUGACACCUGCUUCCCAGGAGACUGUUACUGCUGCUUCUGCUGAGGCUGAUGGCAAGGCUGCUCCUGGAACAGGAGAUACGUCUCAGGAGCCUGGAACAGGCAACUGGAGAGGAAUGCUGAAACCUUCAAAAGCAGAGGAGGUAUCGGCAGAGGAAAAAUCCAAGCCAGCUGCAGCCCUGCCUGCUAGUCCUCAAAAGGGACAUGCUGUAAACCUAUUAGAUGUGCCUGUACCUGUUGCACGCAAACUUUCUGCCCGUGAGCAACGAGAUUGUGAAGUGAUUGAACGACUUAUUAAAUCUUACUUCCUUAUUGUCAGGAAGAACAUUCAGGACAGUGUGCCAAAGGCAGUGAUGCAUUUUCUGGUGAACCACGUGAAAGACACUCUUCAGAGUGAGCUGGUAGGCCAGCUGUAUAAAUCCUUGUUGUUGGAUGACCUUCUGACGGAAUCUGAGGACAUGGCACAGCGCAGAAAAGAGGCAGCUGACAUGCUAAAGGCCCUGCAGCGAGCCAGUCAGAUCAUUGCAGAGAUUCGUGAGACACAUCUCUGGUGAAGACUGUACCAGCCACACUAUUUAUAUGCAUUGGAGGUUACAUUGACUUGAAAAUUGCUAGGCAUGGUAUACGGAAUAGAAUUUUUAUUUAUGAACUCUUUUAUCUGUGUACUGCAACUGUGUAAAUCUGCUCAUGUAAAGACAGUUGGUUUGAUUUGCAAACAGACAAAUAUGCUGUAUUUUGCAAAAUAAGUCGUAUUUAAUCCACAUAAUAAAUGGCUCUAAAUGUUUCCUUACCAGCUUUCUGGUGCACAUUAAAGCAGACCAAGUCUACUGUCUCAGUGACAGUCUCAUUUGAACUUGGGGAAAAAACCAUUAAAGUUCCAGUGCCUGACUUGCUAAACAGGUUGCCUGUGGUUGAGAUGGACGGUGUAGUCUUGUGGCAUAGUUUUAAGCUGCUUUUACAAUAGAAGUUUAAAUACUGUGAAGAGAAGAGAGCACCGAGUAUUUUCUUUCAUCAGUAUAUUGCAUGCACUAUGACAGAUGGAGGUAUCAAUUUUAUAGCACAGUAGAGAUGUCUACCGUAUUACUAUGUAUGUGUGUCGCCAUUUUUUCCCCCUAAUGUUAAAACUGCAGACAAAACCUUGAUACUCCAUCAAAUGAAGUUCAUGUAGGAGGAAUGAGCCUGGAGCUUGGGAAUAACAACAGCCUACUAAAAAGUGGGUGCAAAGUUACUCAUGUGCACUGGAGCUUGUGUAUAAAUGUUGGGGAUUAUAAUCAGGUACAAGAACAUCUUCCCCUUCCUCCCCCCUGGGACCAAGCCCCUGGACCAUCCGAUAGUAAAGUUAUUCUGACAGAACUGAAAAA